UUCCUUUUUAUCUUAUCAUUCUAUCACUUUGUGCUUCCUGAUCUCUGCCAUCUGGUUUUCAGUCUGUCCCUUCUAACCCCCACCCCCAUUCUUUUGUUUCUGUCACAGUCACUAGUCACUAUGCUUUUUUUUUGUCUCACCCUCCUGUAUUCUCCUCUGCCUUUUUCAUUCAUUUUCAUUUGUAUCACCUUUCUUUCCUGAUCCUUGCAUAUCCAUGCAACAUUUUUACGUACAUUUUCUUGUACCCUUCUCAUUUCUAUCCUCCCCUCCCCCUACAUCCACUAUCUCUCUUCUUCCUACAUCUUUAUCUCCCUCCCCAACACCUUAUACCUCCUUUCUCUUUACCUCCUUCCCCAACACCUUAUACCUCCUAUCUCUCUUUACCUCAUUUCCCCUUCACCCACUCUCUCUCUUCUCCCUAUGCCUCAUUUCUCCCUUCUCUUUACCUCCCUUUCCUACACCCUCUAUCUCUCUUCUCUUUACCUUCCUCCCCAACACCUUAUACCUCCUAUCUCUUUACCUCAUUUCCCCUUCACCCACUCUCUCUCUUCUCCCUGUGCCUUAUUUCUCCCUCUUUACCUCCCUUCCCAAUAGUUUAAGUCUCCUUUCUCUUUACCUCCCUCCCCAAUACCUUAUUUCUCCCUUCUCUUUACCUCCCUUUUCUACACCCUCUAUCUCUCUUCUCUUUACCUCCAUCCUUCCCCUGUGCCUUAUACCUUCCCUUACACACCAUACCUCCCUUCUCUUUACCCUCAUGAAGAUAUCUGUCUGGUUGUAAUCUCAUUUUCAGUUCUGUGUUUAGAAAUGAUAAAACCCUGAUUUCCAGCUGAUUGAUAUUCAGUGCAGUUUGCAUCUAGUGAAAAAUUGUCAGACUAUAUGGUGCAGCAAGGGUAAUGUGAUUAUAAAGUAUCAACAUUCUCCAUUUAAAUCCGAAGUCUAAGUUGAUUGUGUCCGGGGACCAUUAAUUCUGACAAACCCACAGUGCUUCCUAGGCAAGGUGGAGACGGUUGCGAUUCUUCCUGCACUCCACAGACGAUGUAAAAGCUCAUUAUUGACAUUCAACAUAAUCACGGCCGUCAGAUUACAGGCAGACUUGUCUGAGCACGAGAAUUGGCUGGGGUUGUCAAGGAAACGUGUAAUGGAAAGAGAGCAGUUACCAUGGAUUUGGAUGACACAUGUCCGGUUCCUGAUAAAACCAUGGUACCUGUUAAUGGAGCAAAUGGCAAACACGUUCCCAACAUAGCAAGUGUCACAUCUGAGUGUGUUAAUGAGAGUAAUUUGAUGCUGGCGGCCCUCAAUGGAUUCCUGAUGGUCCUGGACCGAAAGAAAAACAUCAUAUUUGUAUCUGAUAAUGUGGAAGGGUUUCUUGGCAUUUCACAAACCAAGAUGAUUGGUAACUCUGCUAAGGAUUUCCUUCACCCUAACGAUAUACCAGAACUGAAAAAACAGUUCAAUCUUCAGGUGUCAACGGAGGAUGGUGACACCCAGCCAAUCAUUGAAGGAGAAUCUAUGCCCAGACUGGAAGACAAGCGAUUGUGCUAUCUGAGAAUGAGAUAUAAUACGUCCAAACCUGGCCUCCGCAGUCGACACAGUGGAUACACAUUGGUGCAGUGGUCAGGUCGCAUCAAGAUGAAAAAGUCAGUGACGCGUCCACAUGGUCAUGCGAUAGAGUGUUUGGUUUGUAUCUGUCGCCCGAUGCAGUCCACAUCCAUCACAGAGAUCCGCUUGGACGGUAGCAUGUUCAUGAGUAGACAUGAUCUUGGGAUGCGCUUCACAUUCUGUGACACCAGAAUCGUUACAUUGAUCGGCUACGAACCUUGCGAAGUUCUGGGACGGACAGCAUACCAAUUCCAUAAUCCCCUGGAUGCACAAACUGUCGGGAAGUGUCAUUCAAAUCUGAUUGUCAAAGGAACUUCGGUGAGUAAGUACUACCGUUUCCUGGGCAAGAACUGUGAGUGGGUGUGGAUGCAGACUCGGGCCACAAUUAUAUACAAUACCAAGAAUGUGCCACAGUACAUCGUCUGUAUGAAUUACAUCAUUAGUGAAGAGGAAGGUCAGCGCUACAUUAUGAUGGAUGAGGAAAAGACUGGUAAACAGCCGGUAUGUGCUCCGGGGGUGAUUGACUUGUCAGAAACACCCACAUGUGAAGAGAAGGGAGACCACAGUGACUCAGGCUACAUAAGCAGUAAUAGUCCCUACUCCAGCACGAAUCCAAGUCCUGCAGACGGUCACCGCAGUGAUGAUAACAAUGGUACCCUGACAGAAGCUGACAGCGACUUUCCUCCUGGUGUAUUCCAGGAAGUCGCCAACACUAUUAACCCAAGUCAAGAGUCCAUCUUUGAGAUGAUCAAUAGCUUUGAUAAGGAGACUGGUCAACUUUGUGAUAAGAGAUCUGACCAGUCUCCAUUGUCAGAGGCUGGAGGCUGGAUGGAUCCACAAGGUGACAUGGCAGCUAUGUGCCCACCCUCUGCUGACACAAACGUAUAUAUUCCAGCAACUUCCAACCAAAUGAUUUCUCCUCCAAGUCAGCCUACGAGAGAGUUUCAGAGACUGCUCUCUAGCAAUGGUGACAACACAAGCCUGACAUCAUCCUUGCUUCAGACACAGAUAUACACACCACAAGGCAACUUUUCCUCUGUUGGAACAGGUCUCCAUGGUAACUGUGAUAUUUUACCUUCACAGCCAGGAAAGUCCUUCAGCUCCAGUUUGUCUUCUGUAAGCUCUGCCUCUGGACUAAUACCAAUGGAGGCAGCCAGCAGCAGUAGGUCUCCCAGCGUCUGCUCAGGACUUGUGUCUUCACCCACUAUGCCAUCUGACACCGAUAUAACCAUGUUGUCUCCCAUUCCUACUACAUCAGCACCUCAACUUCAUGAUCUACAGACUGCUCCUGCGACAUCUUCCCCUCAAAGGAAUCUUCUGGACCUUCAACCUGUGACUUCUCCAGCACAAAGAAAUCUCAUAAGCUUACAGUCCAUUCCGGCAUCUUGUUCCCCAAAUAGUAUUUUAAACCUGCAGUCUAUUUCUACAUCUUCUCCACAGCAAAAUUUGCUCAACCUCCAGCCACUUUCUGUUCCAUCCUCUUCACCUCUGAUUAAUCUUCAGCCAGUCACUUCACCUCAAAAUAUCCUCAAUGCACGGACAAUUCCUUCCUCUGGUGUGGAGACUCCACAAAGCAUACUUAAUCUGCAGACAGAUUCUCCCCAGAGUCUGGUUAACACUUUGCACCAGAAUGUUCCACCUAGUUCCACACAUCCCCAAAACCUACUAAACGUACAUCCUGUCACAUCAGCUCAGCUUCUUGACCUCCAGUCCAGCAAUGCUGUUACAUCUGUCACCUCACCAGUAAGUCCUCAAAAUCAACCAGUUAGUCCAAACUGUUCGCAGGAUAUGAUGAACCUGCAGCUGGGCAUAACUGGAGACAGCAAUGGGAGUGACAUAACUGGAUCAGGAGUGGGCGACUCUCUACCACCAGAGAUUUCUGACCUGUGGCUUCAGUUCUGCAGCACAAUGACUGACAAUCAAGUCCAGCAAGUUUUAGAUGAGUUUCGUCGCGAAGAGCUUCUGUCGUCAAUAGAAGAGCGUCGCAAUAGACAACAGGCUACGGUGGGUCCAGUACAAGCCACACCAAAUAUGGGUUGUAUGCCAAAUUCUUAUACCAACCAAAAUGUCAAUUACCAAGGAUGUCAGAAGUUUCCAACUGUCGGGCCAACAUUUGCUCAGGGCUGCGAUCGCUGUGUUGCCGUGCAGAAUGGAUCAGAACAUUUCCCCAGUGCUACAGUUCAGAGUCCAUACUCUGUACCAAUGUCCCACACCCAGGCCAAUAGGCUUAUUCCUAACAGUGCUAUAUCUUGUGCAAGCUGUUCCACUUCUCAAAACGGACAUUAUCUGUGUGUGCGGCAUAAGAACAAUUCGCCCUACAGCCACACCCAAGUUAACAGUGAUGGAAAAUCAACCACCAUGUCAGAACUAGAGAAAAUGUUGCGUGGCUACUCUAGUACCACACAGCAGCAGUGUGUUGGCACUUACUGCGAGUCGCAGUCUAUUAACUCAUACGACCUUGAUAUUGGUGGAUCAACUCUGCUCAAACAGAUGUUGACUGGUCAUCUGUCCGGUGAGUGUUAUCAUGCGAUGGAGAAGCGUCGACAAGCCACCACUAAUGUAUCAAAUCAGUGACUCACUGGACAAGAUUGACUUUCUGACCUGAUUAACCUUUUGGUGUCUAACAUUACACUCUACGUCUUCUAUCAGGGGUUAAGAUACACCUGAAUGCCAAGUGCAAAAAUGAUUAGUAAACACGUUGGUUUCAAUGUCUUGACCAGAGUGAAUACUAGUGACCACAGCAUUCUUUAAGUGACCCUUUAUUCUGUAAACAUGGUUGCGAAUGACCUCUGAGACAGUAGACUCAGUCAUCUCCCUUGUUUGACAAUACUUUUGGUUACUUGAUGUAAUCUGGCAUUGGAAAAGUUUGCAGCCAAAAUACUGACGUGGCAGUUUGUGACAUUACCGCCAGUAUUAGACUGUGCAGUGACAAGCACUUCUGUUCUCAGCAAUAUUGCACACUGUCAUCAAGGUUAAAGGUGUAGGUGUUGUCACUAGAACCAAGGAACAUUGACAGUUUAUAAAAUUUAACAGACAGGAACUAUUUUGUCAUAGACAUACUGUCAAACUCGAAAAAACUUUUGUAUAUCUAUGAAAACUGUAGAUCAUAAUCAUUAUUGUGAUCCAUCACAAGGGAUUUCCUUGUAACUUGUACAUUAGUGUUUUUGUCUUAGGAAAAGCCUGUAUUUUUUCCACAAUUGUUAAUUGCUGUAUGGGGUAAGGUCCAUACGCUUGGUCUGAAGAUGUGGAUCUGUUGUUCUGACAGUUAUAGCGGUAUGAAUGUAACAGAAUUAAACAAUAUCAUUAGGUUAAUAGGAUGUAGCAUAAGCACUUGCUUGGGAAAGAUGCCAAAUUGAUUUAAAAGAGAAAAACACAAAUAAUCCUUCUACAUGUUGAGCUGAGGGAUAUUCUCAUCAUAUUCAGCUUUAUUUAUCAUUGAUCAGUCCAGUUACUGAAUGAGUGUUUUGUAAGUAAAAAUAAGUGAUAACUUAUAAAAAUUCUCCACCAUAGCAAUUUUAUCUGUUUAUUUGGUGUGUAAAGGCAUUUCUUGGUCCACUCAGCUGGUCAGUCAAGCCACUUCAUGGUCUGCUGAACUGGUCAGCUAAUUAGUACAGCCACAUGGUCUGCUCAGAUGAUCAGAACAGCCACUUUGUCUGCUCAUCUGGUCAGUACAGUCACUUUCUGUGCUCAAAUGGUCAGCUAAUCAGUAUAGCCACUUGGUCUGCUCAACUGGUCAGUUGGUUAGUACAACUUAUCGGUUGAGCCACCUCUUGGUCUGCUCAACUGGUCAGCUGGUCAGUUGAGCCUUCCUGGUCCAUUCAACUAGUUAGUGCAUGCACAACUUAUCCCUCUCAUCCACCAAACUUUUUUCCAAUCCUCUAAUCAAUCUAUAUGUUUUAGAAUUGCUUUCCCCUGGUAUGACAUUCUCUGUAGGACAAAUUUGAUACCUAUUUCUUAAUUCUCUGUCACUCAAAAUCAAUUUAAAAAAUAUCAAAUGUUUAAACUAAAACUGAAGAAUGAAAAAGAAAGAUUUUUUUUAGGACUUUCCUUUUUAUUUGAAGUAAUCUUAAUUUGAUCUGUAUGGAAAGUACAAGGCAAGAGACUUAAGACUGUAGAUCUAGAGUGUAAGAAGGUUAUAGACUUAAAACAGUAGAUCUAGAGUAUAAGAAGACAAGAGACUUAAGGCAGUAAAUCAGUAGUGCAAGAAGAUUAGAGACUUAAGACAAUAAAUCUGGUGUAAGCAGGCAAGGUGCUUUAGACAGAAGAUGAGAUGUAUAUGAAAAACUGUUUAGAAAUUCCAUGUCACAUUGCUAUGCAGUGUCUCGGUCAAAUUGAAAGAAGUGUGAAUGGAAUAAUGAAUGUCUUGGAUAUUGUGGUGAGAAUCAUACAAAUUUUUGUCUGUUCUAGAUAAGUUAUAUAUUUUGUCUCGUUUCCCAUAUAUUAGCGUAGUAAGAUCUUUCCAAUAACUAUCUACAUUUACGUAAACAGAUUUCCCAGGGAGCAGUGUACAUAUCUCUCAUUUGAUAUAUAUAGACCCUUACUUAUUUAUGUGAAUUUGAAAGUCUGAAAAAAUAAUAUGUAAUCUUACUGUUUCUCUAAUUCUAUUUUAUAUGCUAGGUGAGGUAUUUUACCUGUUGAAAUAAAUAUAGAUUUGAUAUGUAUAGUUAAUGAAAUUAACAUGAGAUAUGUUUCUGUAAUGUACAUAAAAUAUACUUUAUGUUUACAGCAUGCAUACGUCAUAUUUUUUCCUGAGAAUUAUGUAAUGCAUUGUUAAGUUAAGAAGUAAUUUUUCAACAGUGAGGAAGUGUUUCAUUUCAAGGACAUUCUAUCUUCUUUUAAUUUCCUGUUUUUCACAUAUUUUAAGAAGACACUUCUUCCCCCUCCUCCCCUCCCCUCCCCCAAAACACACAUUUUUAUCCUUUAUUUUAUCUAUAGAACCUGUUGGCUAUAUAUAGUCCAACAGAAAGUCUUAUGUAGAUUUUUCUUUAGUUCAACAGAAAAUCCUGUACAUCGGUAAAUAUGUUGUUAUUAGUCCAACAGAAAGUCUUACAUAGAUAUAUUGGUUUAGUCCAACAGAAAAAGUUCUAAGUAGAUUUGUUUUAGUCCAACAGAAAGUUUUAAUUGAUAUAUUGUUUUGGUAUUGAUAAUUGUCAUUAAAUUGUUUUUAUCUGUGUUUUGAUGACACUCAAUUACGAUCAGUGAAAUUCCUCAAUUUUUACAUCCCUGAUAUAUCUAUAGAAGAUCAAAUAUACGUGUGUAGCAAUUCUAAAUUCUAAAAAAGUUAUUCCCCGAGGUAAAAAUUUUCAAAACUACACAGCAUUUAAAAUCCUUGAUAAGCCUUACAAUUUAUCUCUCUCUCUCUCUCUUUCUUUCACACACUCUCUCUCUCACAAGAAUUUAAAGGAAGAUACAUAUUAUAAUGUGUUGAUUAUAUAAGGAAAGCAAAGAAUCAAAAUUCUAUUACUGUGUUAAAGUAAAUAAUGAUAUUUGUGGUGCUGAGCUGAAUGAUACAUAAAUGGAGCUUAAUUUAUGUAAGUUUUGAUGUAAUAUUUCAUUCGUUACUCCACUAUCUUGGCCCAUGAAAAUUUUCCUUUAUUAGAUAAAUCAGCUUUUCUGAAAUAUAUAUCAAAACUGAAUUCUUUGAAGGGUCUUACAGAUAUGUUGUACAGAAUAAGUUGAGCACAGUAAUAAUGUAUAAUCAGAUAUGACACAUUGUAAUGUAAAAUUUCAGAAAAAUUAGCAAAUUUUCAUUGGCUUAUUUACAAAUAAAAGACAUCCAUUUUGUAACCAAUAACCCUGAGCUUCUUCUGCAUGUUCAGCAGGUUAUGCUAACAAGGUGACACAUAUUAACAAAUGAUGCAUUUUAUUCCAGUGAAAUAUUACAUAUUGUAUAGCAUAAUAUGCCACAGGCCUAUUUUUAGUUCCAUGAGUACCAAUUUUAAAUCUUUAACAUAAAUUUUAAUUGUUUUUAUACUUAGCGUUUAACAAUAGAGGGGAGAUAACUCUCAAAAACUAAGAAUCUGUCAGGCAAUUAUGUCAUGAAGAGCUUUUUUGUUUCAUACCAUGAUUUGAAUAUUAAGAAUAAAAUUAGUCUUGUCUUUAUCAACUCCUCUUGUCAAAGGUACUUUGAAGAUAUCUUGAUUUAUCAUUAAAUGGGAUGCAGUAUCAGGAAGUAGGUGUUGCAGGUAGGAUACAUCUUUAAGUGAACUUUUUUUCUCUUUCUCUCUAUCUUGCCAAUUUUUUACCAUAAGCCAAUCUGUUGCUUUCACAUUAAACAGAUGGAAAAUAUGAAAAAAUAAAAUCAUAUGUUAAACUUUGUUUUGUCCUUUAGAACUCUUGUAAAUCAAUAGUUGUUGUGUGUUGUGUUGGUUAACUUGUUCAGGGUGGGAAGUGUCUGAGGUAUGUUGAUAGUACAAAGCUGAUACAAUAUGUUGUGUAGUAAUUCUUAAGGUUUGGCUGUGAUCAUGCUGAUUUGAUACACACAAAAUUGUUUAGUAAAGAUUUGAACCACAAUAAUUUAUCACCAGAGUUUGAAGAGAGGUAGUAAGUCUCCAAUAAGACCAAGAUCAGAAGAUGAGUUGUGUCCCUUUGGAAAAACAUGUUUUCAGCUAAAAAUAUGACAAUAUAGCAUUAUAAAAAUGCACUGUAGAAAAGUUUGUUGGCCAAGCCAUCUGAAGUGACUAGGUUUUUGAACCGUUUAGAUAACAAAAAAACCCAUUUGUCCAUCAAACUGCUGCCUUGGAGAAUGGGUUGUUCAGAUUAGUGGUGACUGGAUAGUGGCUUCACUAGGUUAGUGGUGACUGGAUAGUGGCUUCACUAGGUUAGUGUCGACAGGAGGUGGCUCCACCAGAUUAGUGGUGACAGGAUAAUGGCUUCACUAGAUUAGUGGUUGCUGGAUAGUGGCCCAACCAGAUUAGUGGUGACUGAAUAGUGGCAACACUAGAUUAGUGGUGGCAGAAAGGUGGCUUCUCCAGAUAAGUGGUUGCUGGAUAAGGACUUUUAACUGUAUGUUGAUGUUGCUUUAAAGUAUUUACUAUCACAUUGGAAUUCUAGGCAACGAUCUCCAUCUUGAUCAUUCCAUUAUUCUUUUAAAGUACUGAAUCUCUGCAUACCUUAUCAUAUUCAUUUCUAUGUAUAUUUAACAAAUUGACAUAAACAUUUGAAUACCUGUAUGUUUGAUACCUGUUUUACUAAGGUACAUUUUUACAGGUAUAUGAUGGAGAUUUUACCUGUAUAAAGUUUACUUUUCUGCAUUUUAUUACGUUACAUGUACAUACUAUAUCAUUAUAUAGAGAUAGUGAUUUAUUUCUACACCAAUUUUUCACUUGUAAAUAUUUUAUAAUAUGGCAAUAAAUUCAUGAUAUCACAAGCAAUCAAUCACGCUUUAAAUGUUCAAAACAUACAAAGAUAUGAAUGUAUUUUUAUUUACGUUGAUGUGUAAAUUGUAUUUUUUUGUCACAUAGAAAAAAUCUGAGAGAUCUUGUUUUUCUUUCAAUCUAAUGUAAAGAGAGUUUCGGGUAUAAUCUCAUCUAUUAAUCUCACAAAGUAUCUUAAGAAUAAUGGGGAAGGGGUGGGGGUUUAGGGUAGUAGAGUAGUGUACAAAGUGUCUCAAUACAAAUAAGAUUCAGUAACACUUUGAAGAAAUUUUUUUUUUCAAAUGUGUAGUAUACAAGUAUUUGUGUAUUUUCAGAAAUCAAACAUUUUAAAUCCUGAAAUAUGUUUAUUUUUUGUCAUUUAUAACAAUUCUUUCAAUAUUAUUGAUAUGUUUUGUUGAUCAUUAAGCUAACAAAACUUAACCAUCUGAGUACAGCUGGAAGUUGCAUAUGUCAUCUAUAAAAUGCAUGGUAAGCUUUAGCUUGAGAACCUUCAUCAGGACAGAAAUGUUAUAUAGCAUUAAACACAAUUUAACUGAAUUAAGCAAACCCAGUGUGUUUACUUUUCCCCAGAGACCUCUUGUUGCUGCUAUUAGUGUCUAAUAUAUCACCUACAAUGUAUUGGCUUUCCCUAUAAAUAAUCAUCACUACUAUUACUGAUACUUCAGAAACACAUUCUAGAUUUCUGGUAUUUUGAUAAAGAUAGUUUUUUUUUUCAUUUCUAUGAUUUCAAAUAUUCUCAAAAUUUUUUUAUUGAAUUUUCAGUUCUGAAAUAUAUUGAACAUUGUACAUAUCGGUAUCUUAAAGACUUUGUCAUCAUGAUUUAUGAAUUCAAAUCAUUGCAUUAUUAUGCCAUAGAAAAAAAAUAUUUUAAACAUUUGAAAAAUAAAUUACUUUUUGAUUGAAGGAGAGAUAGAAGUAGGGAAAAUAUUUUUUGUUAACAAUCAAUGAAAUAUUCUUGAGCAAAAGGGAGGCUUAUUUCCAAUUCAUGUGAUAAUAAUUCAGACUAAAGAUAUUUUUAUGCUGUUGUGAUUUCUGCUUGACGAUGUCGAGGGAUUGUUGUUUAUUAAGCUCGUCAUUAGUUUGUGCGAUCUGAUCAUGUGUUUUGUUUGACUAGUGUCUAAUACACUGUUUAUAUAUAAAUAUAUAUUGCAUAUUAUAAAAUUU